UUCCAGUCUGGUAGUUCUGCCGUCUCAUGCUAGGAAAUCUCGCGAAUCGGUUCGAACGGUUGUUGUUUGUUAGGGAAUUGGAUACAAUUUUAACAAAUUAUUACAGGUGCUUUGACAUAUUCGGGAGUUCUUCUCGUGAUAAAACGAUCAUCGAUUGAUCUUCUGCCUAGUGUCGGUACGUGUGCUGGAAAACAAGUGGAACCGUGGCUGAAAGUUGCUUGUGCGUGCGGAAGAAAACAAAGUAAAGGCCACUGGGUUUGCCCACGGCCUAGUUGGAGCUAAGUGUAGUAAAAGUGUAAGCAAAGGCUGCUAGCUAAGUGACUACCAGUUGCGCAAGGGAAACACGAUUGAAAAAAAAACGGAAAAGCAAUUGGUAUAGUCACAAUAACACAAAAUAAAACAAAUCAACGAAAAGCAAGCUGUCAAACGAGACGGGAUGAAAGAUCUCGUCAGCACGGCAUAAAACGAGUUGCGCUGAAUAUCAACGACCUUUUUCCUCGUGUAAGAGUCAAUCGCCGAUGGUUCGAUCUGAUGGCGUCGUUGUUGGCUUAAGAUUCGCGACUGAGCAGGUUUUUCCUGCUUUUUGUCCGACCUAGUGGCAGGGAGGCAGGCAGACAGCAGAUCAGCGCCCAGCAGUGUGCGGUGGCUUUGAUUACAGCUACUCAGCAUCCAGAAGAAGGAUUAAGAUCAUACAAAGAGUGGUUUGUGAAGUUUGCAACAUAAUGCAUGUUGAGCCUGUUAUCGAGCAAGAGUGGUAUCAAUCGAAGCAUUUGUGUAACAAGUGUUAAGCGGUGAUGUAGGUGUUUUCAAUAAAUCGUGUAAAGAAUAGUUGUUCGAAAUCAAACGAAGUAUAUUGUACCAAUUUAUUGAUUUUAUGAUUACCCUUCGACCAAUGUUGUGUUCAAAAUUGUGGAUUGCAGGAUCAAAUCACAUCAUAGGCGAUAGCAGGUUGCACUAAAACUUAAUAUCCUUCCCAACCGAGUAUAAUGAGCGACAGCUCCAGCGCUAACGGCAUCGGCACCAUAUCCGCGACGUGUCAAACAUAGCACUUUGGCUACAGGGCACGCCAGUCAUCGCUGAGCUGAGCCUGGAAAGAAUUUCAAUCAAUCACCCAACGGCCAGAUCCCCAUAGGCCCCUUAUCGGCAGGCGAUGGCAUCCAACACAGACGACUGUACCUCGGCAGAGGAGGUGUCAACUGUCGCGCUUGAGGAUCCUGUUGUUAGCGGCAGUGACCCGCGUCACUAUUGCACGGUUCGAGAAAACAAAAAGGUCGGCAAUUUGAACGGAACUGCUAAUGAUCCGACCGGGAGCGGCGGUGUUCCUUCGCUGGCAGCACAAUGGGACAGCAUUGGUGGACCGGCUUCCUCUCGGCUCAGUCAUUUUUGUACGCUCCGCGGUCCCAAGUCCGUGAUGGGGAAUGCAAUCGGUACGGAGGUGUCCCCUGGUCGUGGGGCAGUCUAUUUUGGCGAUGUAGUUGAGGAUCAAAGUGAAUUGAAUAGAAAUUUGCUGUACGAGGAAAAUAUGUGCACGUUUGAGAAUUUCUGCGAGAAAAGUUUGGAGCAUCCGGCGGGAGAGGGGGAAGCGAGUGGUGAAAGUAUAGAAAAUUUUUGCACGCUUCGUAAGAAGCGACCGCAGAAACCAGUGGAGCAAAUAAGUGGUGUUUCCGACCAAGUGCAAGAAACGGGCCUCGUGGACCACCAGGUGGUAAAUCCGAUUGGGAGCUACUGUACGCUGAAGAAGAAAAUGCCAAAGUUGAAUCAGAAGUUUGUCGAUAGUUUCCUCGAAGAUCCGAAUGCCAAGCUGCACGAUUAUCUGUCCGAGCUGGAUGCCUACUUGGAUGAGAUUGAUGGGCUUGGUUUGUCCGACCAGUCGGACGAAGAAUCGGUGGAAAAUGUGUCAGUAGAUGAUUGUGAUGCAGUGGAAAUGGAAGCCGAAGAAUCGAAACAAGUUGCUAUAGAAGAUCAUUGUGCUAGUUCGUCCAGUGCAAUAAAUUACAUCGACAUCAAGAAUUUCUGCACCCUGCCGAAGAAGAAGCGGGUGCAAUUUUUAACUGCAUUUAACAGGGCUGGCCCUUUUCGUCAAACCUUCGUGGCCCCCAGCAGCACGCUGGGCAGGCGAGACGCGAUCGCUGAAGCGGAUGAGUCACUGCCAGUCGAUCGUGACUCAGCAGCCGGUGGGAAUGAUUCAACAACGUGCCGUUCGCGGAAUGUAGCUGAUCAUACAGAACAACCCACAAGAAUCGAACGACGGCCCGCACCCCGACGCACCUCGACAUGGCUUCGCAAUUCCAUGCGCAAAACUCGUCCCAUCACAAUGCCACUUCAACUCGAACCGGCACGAACCGAAGUUGAUAACAACAGUACUAAUCUUAUCCCAGAUGACACCAAUUCUUCAGCCCUGCAGCCCUUUCCGGAAUCCUUUCCCAGCAGCAGCAGCACCGUUUGCGACCAGCUUGCUCUCGAAGAUCACAACGACCUAAGUUCCAUCACAACACUUUCCUUUGCCGAACUUGCGGAACUGGACGAACCGAGAAUCAUUCCUAGCACAAUCGAUCGUGAUCAAUUCCAGACCAACCAUGCAAUCCGUCAGACUGACCAACUGGUUUCAGCUCCCAGCAGUGUAUCUAUUCCCUACCGAACGACCGAGCAAACUGCCCCUCUGGAAGUGGAAGUUCUCCAUAGUCCUACGGAAGCGAAUCGACCCCGCCAAACGGGACGCCGCUCGGAAGAGCGACCGCGCGUUGUAUCCAUCACGGCCGAGAGGGACCUCGCAACGAAUCAACUUAUUAUCCGAACCAAUAGCGUCCCAGCGACUGUUUCACAUUACCGCAACAGUAACAUAUCAUCGACGACAUCACCUCAUCCUGCAGAUGGAAAUUUCAUUCAACAGCAGGAGCACCAGCAGCAGCAACAUCACAAUCAUCAGAUAAAUCAUCAUCACCGAUACCGAGAAAUGGGAUCAGAAACCAGUUCGAUUGGAUCUUCCAGAAAUCCUAGCCCGGUGUCGUUGCUGUCAACGGCAACGUUCAGCUCGAUUGCGUCCGGAGUGGAACCUGAAUGGUCACGUUCAAGGCCAGAUGGAGAAGGGCGUGACGUAACCAGCUCAGCAACCGGUGCUGAAUCGACGACGGUGGCCAGCACCAAUGCAUCUGCAACGCGAAACGGGUCACUCAAUUCGCAGACCGGGACGGGCAGUCCUCUGGAAGACGAUGACGAUUCGGAUUCAUCCGAUGAGGAAUCCGAACCGGAAAUGGAUCGAAAUGGCCGACCGAAACCGAAGUGGCCACACCUUAUGUCACGCUCGAUGGCCACCAGCUUCUGUGCGCUGGGACUGUUCAACAUAUCCCGGUUUGCGGUUUUCAGUAUUCACUUUGGGGCGAAUUUUAUCGUGCAGUUCCUGAUUUUCACGUUUCUAUUUGGAAUCCCGAUGCUGUGGUUACAGAUGGUGCUGGGGGCUCGCAUCAAGGGCGGUCCGGUGGUUAUGUGGCGAAUAAGCCCCAUUUGCAAAGGGAUCGGAAUCGCUCUCCUAUUAGCACAAGGACUAGUUUCGCUUUAUUCUGCUAUUUCACUCAGUUGGGUGCUGGUUUAUUUUCGGGAUUCGUUCGUAUCCCGCAGCGAGAAAUAUCGAUGGCAAGAAAUUUUUGAAUUGUACCGAGGACCUGGAAAUCAGUCUUUCCGUCUCUCCGACACGGUUGCCGAUUAUUUCAACGGAGUGGUGCUGCAACGGUAUCAGCUCGGACCGGGUGUCCGUGGCAUCAACGGAAUCGGUGCCGUGCGUUUCCAGUUGGCUUUCAAUCUGGCCAUCGUUUGGACGUUAGUUUUCGUGGUCCUGUGCAAAGGUGUUCGAUCGUUUGGAAAAAUCGUCAUCGGCAUGUUUAGUGCUGCGAUGGUAGGACUUAUCGCAAUCUGUUCCAAGUUUCUUUCGAUGGUCAACUACGACAGUGUGCAGAGCAUUUUUCCCGCCACUGAGUGGCAGGACUUUUUCCUAAACUCCAGAAGUUGGAUGAGCGCGGCACAGGAAACAUUUCUCACGUGGGGUUUGCUCGGAGUGUCCGUUUACUCUAUGAGCUGUCAGACAAACAAAGGUGGAGGACCUCGGAAGACGAGACGGGAGCUACGGAGGGAUGCAUUGCUCGUUGUGGUUUUCACACUCUCUGGGCUAAUGCUGGCGGCCGUUUUUGGCAGUGCUUGCGUUCAGAUACUGAACAGUAGGGGAUAUUACUACUUCCCAGGAUCUUAUGAAAACAUCGGAACAGACAUAUUCCUUUUGCCGUCAGAUCAACCUCUACCGCCACAGCACGCAACUAUGCCAACCAAGUGGCUCAUCCGGUACUCGAUGUUUCUGGGAGAGAGUUUCAAACGUCCAUACGCCAACCCGCACCAGGAAAGUGGCUACCAGGUGUUACGAUUAGUGACGGAACUCUUCCCUUCAACACUGGCGGCUGCCACUCAGGAACGCAUAGCUCCUAUUUGGAGUUUGAUAGGAUUCCUUACCUUGUUACUGUUUGGGCUCGGACAGCUUUGUGCUAUGUGGAAACCGAUUUCCGGUGCGAUCGGCGGAUAUUCGCCCUCGUCGAUUGUACUCAGCUGCGUCACCGGACUGUUUAUGGGCAUUCCGCUAGCGACCGAGAGUGGAAUAACCAUCAUACACUAUCUGGACAUGGUUCUGGGUGGAGCAUGGUGGUUGCUGCUGCUCUGGAUUGGACACAUUUUGGCGAUCUUUCUGGUCCGCGGAAGACCAUUCACUAGUGAUCUAUUAGUGAAUGACCUUCGUUUUACUCAAUCUCUGUCGGCAUUCUUUGCUUUCGCUUGGAACUUUUUACUGCCCAUUGGAAUGAUCUUUCUGUGCAUUCUCGAGUAUCGUGUGUCAAACACCAACGCCUUCUUCAACUGGAAACAUGGUGGCUAUUGGCCUCUGUGGGCUCGUCAAAUAGGUGGCUUCAUCCAGGUUACUUUCCUACUAAUAGUGCCAAUCGUUACGAUUGUGCAAAUAUAUCGAUAUCUUAGCAGAGGACCACCUGAUAUUCUAGAUCGUUUCGAUCGACUACUACGGCCACCGAUGAGUUCCUACGAAGGAGCACCCAACAACAGCCGAUUGCAGUAUACCAGACGGCCAGCACCGCCCCUUCCGGUGAGAACAAUCAACUCCGGAUCUACCGUUAUUUCGCUUGAAUCACGUCCACCCCAGGACGAUGCCCCGCCCAAAUAUACACCACCGCCAUCCUACACCACGGCCACCGGGGCUAGGAUAGCCAAGAUAUUGCGGAACAGCAUUCGACGGAGCGUGAGAAGAAUAAUGGGCGAAUCCAGUGGUAACCGACAGCGGGGCGUGCUUCCCCAGUCGCACCAGCUGCCCCAACAAGGUUCUGCCAAUCCGGCUGGAGACGAAUUGCCACCACCAGAUUACUCAUCAAUUCUGACCGACUCGGUUAACCAGUUCAUCCAUACCACCACCGCCGGCAUCGAGAUGGGACCGCGUGUCCUAUACAACAGCGAAACAUUGAGUGGCCGUCGACGUCACCGAUCGCUGACCGCCGCGAACUCCGGCCAACAACAGCAGCAGAAUCUGACAGCGACCGAUGUUCUGCAAAUUCUGCGUCCUGCUACAAUUUCCAUCCCGCAAGGACCGUCAGCAAUCGGGCUCCACCGGACACCGUCGCUUGCGGCCGCAGCCGCUUCUUCGGCCAUCGGUUAUGGAAACGUGGAUCUGGUGGUGCGAAACAGUCUCGCCCGGCGACACUCGAUCGGUAGCUCCGUGGAGAAUCUGGUGCUGGGUGCAGCACCCAUCGGCGAUUCUAGCAUUAUCACACUAGCCGUCGAGGAUGAACAUGAAGUUGACGCCGAACGACGGCGGAUCGGAAAUGAUUCUGUGAUAUAAAACUAGCACAGGCUUGUGCGUUGAUUAUCUUUCACUUUAUAUUUAGCUACUAGAUUGCUAGUAUCACUACAAAAUCACGCUUUUUUACUAUUUGCUUUCUGUUUCCUACGCGAAAGUUAGGAAAGUUAGUGUGAAAAACACGCGAACAUACUUUCAAGAAAUAAUAUUUAAAGAGCACUUUUGGUAGACGAUAAGUUAUUCAACAAACAACUCUUGCUGUAUAGACUAUUAUCGUAGAGUAUGUUGUAGCAACAGUACGAUGAAUUUAUGCUUAUGAGAUUGUAUUGCUUAAGAUCGAGCUGAUUCCGUCCCAUAAAUAGAAUAUCGUAAUAAAAAUUGGAUUUAAUUUAA